AUGUCUCGUAUGCCAGAACUGUUUCAGACGAUACCCGAUGUUGAAGACAAAAGGCAGCCUGCCACAUCAUGUUCAUAUGAUCCAGAAACAUACUACUCUUGUUGUCAUAUGGGAUCAUAUCACUACAGAAAUGCAAGAGCAGAUUGGAUAUGUAACUCCCAACAAACAUCAAUAUGCUCCGACGCAUUAUCAUCCAACACUGAAAAAUCAUCACAGAUGCAACGUCUCGAGCGAAUGAAUCUCACAAAUUCAAGUGAAUAUUUUCAAGUGAGAUCUGAGCCACGCACUCAAAAUAAAAUAAAAAGUCAAAAGACCUGCAAGAAAACUGUUUUUAAAAAAGCGGAAGGAAUUAAGCUAGCAAAGAUGAAGAAAACAAAUCGGCGGUCUCAAAGUACACCAAAAAAUUCAACAUUUACUAAUGCGAAAAAAAGCGAAAAGAUGUCAGAUUUGCAGAGACUCAGUCCUUCAACGCAAGAAACAUACAAGGUGAUGACUCCACUGUGCAUAAACUUUAGUAAACGAGGUGGUGGACAGAUCCAGCUGUGGCAAUUUCUUCUUGAACUAUUGAGCGACAUAUCUAACGCUGUAUGUAUAGUUUGGCAAGGUACAAAUGGAGAAUUCAAAAUGGCUGAUCCACAGGAAGUCGCUCGAAGAUGGGGAGAAAGGAAAAGUAAACCAAACAUGGACUAUGAUAAAAUGAGUAGAGCCAUAAGGUAA